AUGGCCGGGGAUGGCGUUCUGGACACCAACCACAUUCGAAUUGUUGGUGCAGUGGCUGGUAUUGGGAGCGGUCUGACAAAAGUCACUGUGGGACACGGACUGGGUUGUUCUCCCGGAAUGUACAGAGGUGCUUUUGAUGCGUUCUUCACCAUUAUAAGGAAGGAGGGACCUCUCGCACUAUACAAGGGGGCGACGCCUCCUGCUGUAGGUUGGGCAGCAAUUGACUCUCUUCUUUUGGGUUCACUCCACAACUAUCGGCUGUUCUUAAUUCGAAAUGGUAUGACUGAACCCACCCCAGUCUCUGGAAUCCCCCGUCUUACCAUGGUCGGACAUGGUCUCGCAGGCAUCGCCGCUGGUAUCACAAGCACUAUAAUUGCUACACCUAUUGAGCAUAUAAAGGUGAAGCUACAACUGCAAUCUCAAAGGUCGAUAUCCGAUCGUCAAUUCAAAGGGCCUAUAGACUGCAUACGUCAAAUUGUGCGGGUUCAAGGGCCUCUGGGCCUUUGGUACGGGUUCACUGGCAGUGUGGCUUUCCGUUUAAAUUUCGGGUUCAUGUUCUUAUCGUUUGAGGGUCUCAUGCGGGUGUUCUCUUCCCUGAACGGAACUUCUUUCGAGAUGAGCACUGGUACAGCCAAUUUUAUAUCUGGAGGUUUGGGAAGCUUUGUCUUCUGGUUUUUCGCCAUGCCAGCCGAUAACAUAAAGAACCGAAUGAUGUCUUAUCCGCAUCCAUUACAAUAUCCUCAAAGUUCCGCUGCCCUUGGGCAUCGACCUUCUUUUUGGGCAACAGCAAGGUCUAUAAAUUCUCAACACGGACUCCCUGGCUUCUUUCGAGGCUUGGGGCCAUGCUUCCUGCGGGCUUUCCCCGUCAAUGCAUCGGCGUUUUUCGUGUACGAAGGCCUGCUGAGGGUCCUUGGCGCCGAAAAGACUCGGCAUUCCUAA